CGGAGAGCUACGCAGCGCCGCAGCGCAAUGGGUUCCCAAUGCUGCUGCUCCGACAAGAAAUCCUUGUCCGGCGAUGAGGUCCUAGGACCCGAGGUCACAAUGAAAUCAGCCUGGCUCGCCAAGGUGGACGAGCAGGACUUGGGUGCGUCGGAUGCAGUGAAUCCCAGGGCGACAGAGAGUCAGGUCGUGCCAGAGAACUUCACGAGCUUAGAAGAGCGCCUUGAAGGUGUCUGGAGCCGGAAAGAUGACAGAAAACCGCUGGGCGAAAUCGCUCAGGGUCAGCUGACCUGGGACACUGCAGUCCUCAUCACAGAGGAGCCGUGCCAGGUGCAGAUUUCGGGGCAAGAUUUGGUGAAAAUCACCAUCAGGGACCAUGAUUUCUACGGACGGGUCUUCUUUUCGAUCACCGGCGAUGCAGCCAUGAUGCUGGGCUGCAUCAGUUCUGCUUUUUUUUUUUGGUCCAAAUUUUUGGGUGCCACAUGGGUGCCAUAUGGGUUGUACAUCGCCAGGAUCUGCUGGACCGAUGGAGAAAUUUGGCAAAAACAAUCGCCAGGAUCAGUGUCUCCCAGGAUUGUGUCUUUCAAUCCCUCCCAGUUGUAGUUCGCUGGUCCUGUGGUGGUGCCGUGGGAUGUUGGUGUUGCAGUGGG